UAUGGAUAAACCCCUUAAACCCCCGAAUCCAGAAAUGAACCCCAGAAACUAGCGAUGAAACUCACCAUUCCACACAACCCCAACCCUCUUCUACUUUCUUCAUCGCCACUCUCUCAAAACCCUAACGUUUUCGCGUUAACCGCACCGCGCGGCGGCAGGAAGCUCAGGUUUCGAGUCUCGGCCACGGCGGAGCCCGAUGGCCCCUCGUGGUCGCAGUCGCUGCGGCGCGGUUCGCGGCGGUUUUGGGUGAAGUUUGGGGAAAUGGUGAAGAGGGAGACGGGUCUCGACUUCGAAGGUGGCGGCGUGAGGAACGUUGGCGAGGUGGCGAGCGGAGAUGAAUUGCGAACGUUUGGGACUCAGUUGGUAUCUCAGUUUGUCGAUUGGAAUCGGUGGGAACAGUGGAAGAAUAUCAAGGACUGGGAACCUAAGCGAAUUGGUGCAUUGGUUCUUUACAUUUUUGUUGUGGCAUUUGCUUGUAGAGGAGUUUAUGCCGCAAUUCGAGCACCUUUCAUAAAUCGUAAUAAGAAAGAAUUGACAGAAGCUUACAUGGAAGCGUUAAUUCCAGAGCCAUCCCCUACUAACAUUAGAAGAUUUAAGAAGGGUAUGUGGAAGAACACAAUUCCAAAAGGCCUAAAAAUGAAAAAGCUUAUUGAAAGACCUGAUGGAACGCUUGUUCAUGAUACUUCUUAUGUUGGAGAGGAUGCAUGGGAGGAUGAUCAAGAGGCUCCUGAGGAGCGUGUAAAACAAAUUAUAGAGGGUGAUGAAAGGUUAAACAAAGAAGACAGAAAAGAACUAUCAAUAGGCUUGGGCAUUUCAGGUGAAGUUCAAAGUGAAGCUACAUGGCGUGAGAGACUUCAUAAAUGGAGGAAGAUCCUUAGAAAAGAACGUUUUUCUGAGCAAUUGGAUUCCUUAAAUGCCAAAUAUGUAGUUGAAUUUGACAUGAAAGAGGUUGAAAAUAGUCUUCGCAAGGAUGUGGCAGAAAAGGUGACAGGCACUCAGGGUACUAGGGCUCUGUGGAUAGCUAAGAGAUGGUGGCACUAUCGCCCUAAACUUCCUUACACUUAUUUCCUUGACAAACUUGAUAGUUCUGAGGUAGCAGCCAUUGUCUUUACCGAAGACUUGAAAAGAUUGUAUGUGACAAUGAAAGAAGGUUUUCCAUUGGAAUUUGUUGUGGAUAUCCCUCUCGAUCCUUAUCUGUUUGAGAUUAUUACAAGUUCUGGAGUUGAAGUAGAUCUGCUUCAGAAGCGACAGAUCCAUUAUUUCAUGAAGGUUGUGCUUGCAUUAGUACCUGGAAUACUUAUUCUCUGGCUUAUUAGGGAGUCUGUUAUGCUUCUACACAUUACUUCCAAGCGGUUCCUUUACAAGAAGUAUAAUCAACUCUUUGAUAUGGCUCAUGCAGAAAAUUUCAUUCUGCCAGUUGGAGAUGUUGGUGAAACGAAAUCAAUGUACAAGGAAGUUGUGUUGGGGGGUGAUGUUUGGGAUCUUCUUGAUGAGUUGAUGAUAUAUAUGGGAAAUCCUAUGCAGUUCUAUGAAAGGGACGUGCAGUUUGUUCGGGGUGUUCUACUCUCUGGACCUCCAGGAACAGGAAAAACACUUUUUGCCAGGACACUUGCAAAAGAAAGUGGUUUACCUUUUGUAUUUGCUUCGGGUGCUGAGUUCACAGAUAGUGAAAAAAGUGGAGCAGCUAGAAUCAAUGAGAUGUUUUCCAUUGCUAGGAGAAAUGCACCUUGUUUUGUAUUUGUGGAUGAAAUAGAUGCUAUUGCUGGAAGACACGCUAGGAAGGAUCCACGAAGAAGGGCAACUUUUGAGGCUCUUAUUGCACAGCUUGAUGGGGAGAAGGAAAAAACUGGUGUUGAUCGUCUAUCCCUCAGACAAGCUAUCAUAUUCAUCUGUGCCACAAAUAGGCCAGAUGAAUUAGAUCUUGAGUUUGUUCGUGCUGGACGUAUUGAUCGUCGUCUGUACAUUGGUUUGCCUGAUGCAAAGCAGAGAGUCCAAAUUUUUGGUGUGCACAGUUCCGGUAAGCAGCUUGCAGAGGAUGUGAAUUUUGAAGAGCUUGUCUUCCGCACUGUUGGGUUCUCUGGAGCAGAUAUAAGAAACCUUGUCAACGAAGCAGCAAUAAUGUCGGUGAGAAAAGGGCAUUCCAAAAUUUUUCAGCAAGAUAUUAUUGAUGUACUAGAUAAACAACUACUUGAGGGUAUGGGUGUCCUUCUGACAGAGGAAGAGCAACAAAAAUGUGAACAAAGGGUAUCUUUUGAAAAGAAGAGACUGCUUGCUGUUCAUGAAGCUGGUCAUGUAGCUCUAGCUCACUUAUUUCCUCGGUUUGACUGGCAUGCAUUUUCGCAGCUCCUGCCUGGUGGUAAGGAAACUGCAGUAUCUGUAUUCUAUCCGCGAGAAGAUAUGGUAGACCAGGGUUAUACAACUUUUGGUUACAUGAUGAUGCAAAUGGUAGUGGCACAUGGUGGCCGAUGUGCUGAACGAAUUGUAUUUGGUGAUGAUAUAACUGAUGGAGGAAGAGAUGAUCUUGAAAAGAUAACGAAGAUUGCUAGGGAGAUGGUUAUCAGCCCUCAAAAUAAAAAGUCGGGGUUAAUAGCUUUAACAAAAAGGGUUGGCUUAGUGGAUCGACCAGACAACCCAGAUGGAGAGUUGAUAAGAUAUAGAUGGGAUGACCCUCAAGUAAUUCCUGCCGAUAUGACACCAGAGGUGUCUGAGCUUUUCACAAGGGAGUUGACAAGGUACAUUGAAGAAACUGAAGAACUUGCAAUGAAUGCUUUAAGGAAUAAUAGGCACAUCCUGGACUUGAUUGUGAGGGAACUGUUGGAGAGGUCAAGAAUAACUGGAUUGGAGGUUGAAGAAAAAUUGAAGGAACUGUCUCCAGUAAUGUUUGAGGACUUUGUGAAGCCAUUCCAAAUAAACCCAGAUGAGGAGGGACCAUUACCGCAUAAUGAUCGUCUACGGUAUCAGUUACCCGACUUAUAUCCGGCUCCUCUCCAUAGAUGUUGACACAUUGACAUUCAGAUCUUUAUGUUACAACCUCACCUGCAACAGUUCUAUUGGGGACACAAAAGGGCGUUUUAUGUUGAUGACUUCUCCAUAGAAAUUCAACUUCAACCCCACAUGGACACAUUUAUGGGACAAAUAGGGAAUCAGGAGAACAUAGUGGAGCUGUGUAAAUUGCUCAUAUUUCUUUUCAAUGGGCCAAUGAUUUAUCUCAUCUGAUGAAUUCUUUAUGCUGGUAAGCCUUGGAGACAUGUCAAGUGUCUACAGUCUUCAGGCAUUGCCGCGUUGUCUUGCUAAAUUGGAUAGGCGGGGGUGCACACUUGUAUACACUGCUGAAAUUUUGUAUUCAAUUUUCGUGGUUGUACAAAUUUUUAUAUAUCAUUGAGGAUGAAAGUUUUAGCCCUCAAUUUUAAAUUAUACACUUGCGAGUUUCAAGCCAGAGUCUAGUGCAAUGGUUUGUACUUUUGUAUAAAUCUAAUGAUUCAUCGUAAUAUUUUAGCUUAAAUUCUAACACAUUUUGGCUUUAUUUUUUGUUCCAAUAUAUGAAAAUAUCUUAUUAUAUCGUGUCA